AUGAAACCAUCUAAACUGCAAGAUCAUCUGAGAAGAUGCCACCCUGACAAAACAGAGAAAUAUUUGCAAUACUUUCAAACACCCAAAGACAAAUUUCAGAAGAGACCUACACUGGACAGAAUGUUCGCUUCGACGUCACAAAGCAAUGAUGAUGGUUUGCGGGCGUCCUACAAUAUCUCGUUACUUAUAGCAAAAUCCGGAAAACCGCAUACUAUCGGAGAGAAGUUAAUUUUGCCAGCUGUUGAAGAGGUUUUAAAAACUGUUUUACACAAACCUGCAUCUGAUAUCAUUAAAAGAAUUCCAGAGAAGGAUAUCCAGGCUAAAUUAAUCAGCGAACUCAAGUCUUCCUUGGAGUUACAUAAAUUCAAAUCCGAUACGUUACAAAAAGAGCUCAGUGAGGAAAAAAGUGCUAUCACUCCAGUAAAAAAUAUUGUCAGCACGAACACGUAUAGUCAGGUAUUACAGAAAAAUGUAAAGAAUGAGAAAAAUGUAAAGAAUGAGAAAAAUGUAAAGAAUGAUAAAAAUGUAGUACAAUCGUCCGUUUUACUAGUGAAAUCAGCUGAUAGGAAUAAUAGAGAUGAUUUGUUACAAGUAUUGUCAAAAACGAUUAUUCCUUCUCUUUUAUAUACGUAUAUAUGCAUUAGAGGCAUGAAAAAAAUUAAAGAAGGGGUUGCUGUGUACUGCAAGGGAGAUGACGAUGUGGCAAAACUCAAAAAUGCUGUCAAUGGUCAACUAAAUGGCCGUUUGACUGCCAACGAGUUGAAAAAAUAUAACCCCCGUCUGCUAGUAUAA